AUGAAAAUCUAUUCAGAGCUGAUUAAAAGAAUUGAAGAAGGAAAGAGCUUAGAAAAAGUCGCCAAAAAUUUAAAGCCUAAACUUGUCCACCUCAUUGAGAUAAAUAAACAAGAAAUUGAUCUAUUAAAGCAACAAGAGAUUUUGCUUCAGAUAGCUUGUAACCACUACAAUGAGUUAGCUUAUAAUUUUCCAGAUAGAGUGGGUUUCUUAAAUGAUAUCUCUAGAAUUGACAUGCAUGAGAUUUAUUCAUAUUCCCGACUUCCAAUACUUGUCCGCAUGGUAGCUGAAGGAAUCAGCAUUCUACUUAAUGAAAAAGAAAGAUGAAAUAUUUUUUAUAAAAACCUUAAUUAUGAUGGAUUAUCAGUUUUAUUGGAUGUUGAGUAUGAUCAACUUUCUAAGCAAAUCCUAUAUGAUUUAGGAACUAUUGUUAAUACCAAUCGAAAUAAUAUCAACACAAUUUAUAUGAUAUCUGUAGCUGCAGCAAGAUUAUUCCACUUUUUAUUAACAACUUAUGACUGAGCGAUUACAAUCAGAGAUAAUUUCCCACAGUUUUCAAACUUCAAAGAUAUUGAUAGACUUGUAAGAAAAGAGAUUUUUGAAUAUAGCAACUUGGAAGCUGUUAGAAAUAAAAUAAAGAAUAAAGAAAUAGAGUUAGAUUUAUUGAUACAAUUAGACUUAAAGUUAUUUAAUCUAUUUUAG